UCUAUUUAUUCGUUGCUUCAACUUCUUCAAGCGCGUCUUGCACUCACGCGUCUCCCUGCAUCCAUCCUCAACCUCCCCGCUCUUCUUAUCGCCCCGCCAAAUCCACAACUGACCACCACAAUGGGAAGCAUCAAGCGUAUAUCCAAGGAGCUGACUGAGCUCACCGAAUCCCCUCCGGAAGGGAUCACGGUUGAACUGGCCGAUGAGUCGAACGUGUACGAGUGGAAGAUCACCAUGGAGGGGCCUGAAGGCUCACCAUAUCACAAUGGCAAGUUCCUAGUCAAGCUCUCCCUACCCACGGAAUACCCCUUCAAGCCACCGACAGUCUCCUUCGCAACGAAAAUCUACCACCCGAACGUAACAAACGACGAAAAAGGAAGCAUGUGCCUAGGGAUGCUGCGAGCCGAUGAAUGGAAACCCAGCUCGAGGAUCGCUGCAGUCCUCCAGUUCGCCCGACAGCUACUAUCUGAGCCGAUGCCUGACGACGCCGUUGAGGGACGGAUUGCAGAGCAGUACAAAAACGACCGGGUGCGCUACGAGGAGGUUGCGCGGGAGUGGACUCGCAAGUAUGCUUGUUAA